CACAAACCCUAGGCGUGCAACGACCUUACGUAACCGAACCAGUCUCGAUCGCUCGUUUGAAGGCGCGCACGCUGCACGCUGCCUCGAGUCGAUGUAUACUCAUCGAUACGCUCGCCUUGCUAGAGGCAGCAUCCGAUACGACGCCAAAAUACUCUUCGACGGCCUUUCCAGCCUGCUGACUUUUCAAAGCAAGCCCGCCGCAGUUGCUUUCCUAGUCUACGGAUUGCACUUGCGGCAGCAUUGUUUCGAUGAUCUUUGUGCACAACUGCUGGGCUAUUUAUUCCGUUCACCUCUGCCACGGCGAACUCCUAUUCGUAUUCGUUUGUAACCAGCCGCAUCUUCCGCGUUCAGCAUUACAAUCAUGCCAAACAGAUUUUAUCCUUCCAGUUGUUAAAUUGAUUUUCAUCCAUUCGUCGCACGUUCGAGUUCAGCGAUUCACGCAAAAGCUCAUUCGUUAAGACGUCUAAGACAUAACCGCUUUUGAAACAAGUCGUAACGCGAAUGUUGUUUUCUUUGAUGUUGCACGAGAUGUUGGUGGUGACAAAAGACCUGCAACGAGCAGUAAUCCAAUAUAGUUUUGCCGCAACGCACACAAUAACGAAAGAUAAGUGGAACUCGUCUCGAAGGUAUCCGAACUGGCUGUCAGUUGUAUGAUGCGACAAGUGAUAGCUGCAAGGCAUGCGAACGCAAGCGAGCAGCCGAGACUCAAAGUGGUAGGGCGAGAAUCAGCAGCUAUAGGAGGGCGCAAGGCAGUAUCGUUGCGUGGCUUUGGAGUCAGUGCGCGACAAGCUACGACAAGGGCGAGGAUCGUCCGAGCGAGCGUGACAGCGAGACAAGCAUGCAGCAGCCGACGGAACGGACCUUUCUGAGAAGGCCUCCCGAGCAGUACGGCUACAUUGACUUUGCUGGCAUUGUACGAAGGCGCAAGAACCGGAUACGUCAGUUUCAAUGCUGCAUUUGCGCUUUUCUCAUAGCGACCUUCAUCUUGGCGCUGAUAGUGACGAUCAGUUACUCGGUGAACCACCCAGACCUGCUGCCGCCCACGACGAACGUCUCGUCGCGGCAGGAGGCGAGCGGACCGCUGCAGGCGACGGGCACGCCGGAGGCCGCGGAGCUGAGCGCGCAGGAGCUGGCUGAGGCGCUGCGGGCCGGCAACGAGGCCCUAGCGGCUCGGCGGCUGGCCGACGCGGCCGCGCGCCCACUACAGGCGCCCUCGGCCGUGUGGCGGCACCAGUUCGCCGUGAGCACGAGCGCCCGCGCCAACGAGCUCGCGCUGGCGGCCACGGCCGAGCUGGCGGCCACGCGGCGCGUCGAGCAGGCGCGCAGCUUCAUGGGCCGCGCCUCGAGCUUCGGCAGCCGGCUCGACGGCGGCUGGGCGGACGCGCCGGGCGGGCCGUGCGCCGGCCGCCCGGACGCCGACUGCCCGGCCGUCGCGCCCAAGUACCGGCGCUUCGACGGGUCCUGCAACCGGCCCGGGCGGCUCGGCGCGGCCUUCAGCCCCUACCGCCGGGCCCUGCCGCCCGACUACGCCGACGGCAUUGGCGCACCCCGCGUCGCCAAGCUCGGCGGCGCCCUACCCUCCGCCAGGGAGGUCAGCCUGAAGGUGCACUCGCCCUCGCCCAGCAGCAACCCCUCGUUCACGGUGAUGCUGGCGGUGUUCGGCCAGUUCCUCGACCACGACAUCACCGCCACGGCCGUCAGCCGGGGCGCCGACGGCGGCUCGCUGGCCUGCUGCCCGGACGCGGACGCGGACGCGGGCGCGCCCGUCAGCCCGCACCCCGAGUGCUUCCCGGUGCGCGUCGGCCCGGGCGAUCCGGUCUACGACCUCGCCGGCAGUUCGUGCAUGGAAUUCGUGCGCUCGGCCCCGGCCGCCCAGUGCAGGAUCGGCCCGAGGCAGCAGCUCAAUCAGGUGACGGCCUUCAUCGACGGCUCGAUGAUCUACGGCUCGGACGCGGACACCGCGCAGGCGCUGCGCGAGCUCGCGGGCGGCCGGCUGCGCAUGCAGCUCACCCCGGACAACCGCACGCUGCUGCCGGCGAGCACGGCGCCCGAGGACGGCUGCGACCGACAGCAGGAGCUGGCGCGCGGGCGCUACUGCUUCGCGAGCGGCGACGCCCGCGCCAACGAGAACCUGCACCUGACCAGCAUGCACCUGCUGUGGGCGCGCCAGCACAACCUGCUGGCCCGGCGGCUGGCCGAAGCCAACCCCCACUGGGACGACGAGCGGCUGUACCAGGAGGCGCGCCGCGUCGUCGGCGCCCAGCUGCAGCACGUGGCCUACGCCGAGUUCCUGCCCGUGGUGCUGGGCGCGGCCGAGAUGGGCCGGCGCGGCCUCGCGCCGCUGGCCGCGGGCUUCCGCGCGCCGCCCGCCACGCCGCCCGACCCCAGCGUCGCCAACCACUUCGCGGCCGCGGCCUUCCGCUUCGCGCACACGCUGCUGCCCGGCCUGAUGCGGGUGACCGACCGCCGGAGCGCCGGCGCCGCCUACGUGCAGCUGCACAAGAUGCUCUUCAACCCCUACAGCCUGUACAGCCCAGGCGGUCUGGAGAGCUCCAUCGCGAGCGCCACCUCCAACGCCAUCCAGCGGACCUCGACGCACGUGAGCGCGCAGCUGACCCAGCACCUGUUCGAGGACCCGCUGGCCAACGGCACGACGGCCGGGCUGCCGUGCGGCCUCGACCUCGUCUCCCUGAACAUCCAGCGCGGCCGCGACCACGGGCUGCCCGGCUACGCCGCCUGGCGCCAAUUCUGCCAGCUGGGCCGGCCCGCGAGCUUCGACGAGCUCGCGGCCGAGAUGGACCCCGCGGCGCUGGCCGCCAUCUCCGAGCUGUACGACAGCGUGGACGACGUCGACCUGUACACGGGCGCGCUGGCCGAGCUGCCGCGCGGCGACGGCCUGCUCGGGCCCACCUUCGGCUGCCUGAUCGCCGACCAGUUCCAGCGGCUGCAGUCCGGCGACCGCUACUGGUACGAGAGCGCCGAGCAGCCCGGCGCCUUCACCGAAGAGCAGCUGCGCGAGAUCAGGAAGACGAGCUUGGCCCGCGUGAUUUGCGACACCUCCGACGGCAUCACCGAGGUGCAGCCCUGGGUCAUGCGCUCCGUCGGACCGGACAAUCCGAUGGUUUCUUGCGAGGACCUCGGCCAGCCCUCGCUCCGAGCUUGGCGGGCGGACGCCACCGUGCUCGCGCUGUCGGACGCGACCGUGCCGGCUUUCGACUGGCUCAAGUUUAAGACCGACGUGAACAGGACCAUCGCCGACAUCGUCGCGAACAUCGCCGCCAAGAAACCACCUGUUGGCAGUCUUCCGGCCGACUGGCUGGCCUUCCAAACGAACGUUAACGCAACUUUCAGCGCUCUGAGAGAUAAAUUCUCGGCUUUACACCCGAAAGUCGCGACCAACGUGAGCCUGCCGAGCAGCGCGCCAGCAGCGCAAGCCGCGCCGCCGGCGGGCGUCUUCGAUUGGAUGGGCUUGAAGGAUGCCGUGUCCAGGACCGUCUCGGAAGUUAUGGAUUCCAUUAUUGCGAAUAAGCCCGCGCCGGCGAGUCUUCCGGCCGACUGGCUGGCUUAUCGGAAGAAGAUUAACGACUCGUUAUUAGACGUCAAGAAGAAAUUCAAAGUGAUUCAUCCGAAGCCGAGGCUGGCCAAAUCCGGAGCCGGCAAUGCCGAGGUGUUUGGCCAAGUACCCGCGAUCGAUUGGAUCGCCAUCAGGAAUGAAAUCAACGCCACCAUCACGGACGUCGUCAGAUCCAUCAACUCGAGCAGACCGCCUGCCGGCAGCAAGCCGGCCGACUGGCUGGCCUUCGGCGCCAAAGUCAACCACUCGUUGAUCGAGAUCAAAGACAUGUUUGCGGGACUGCAUCCGAAGCCGCUCGGCCCGGCGCUCAAGCUCGACAAAGCAGGCGACGAGCCGACCUUCGACUGGGUUCGAUUCACGGCCCAGCUGAAUGCGUCUUUGAGCGAGCUCGUCGCGUCGACUCUUGCGAAAAGGCCUCCGCCGGGCAGCACCGCCGCAGACUGGCUGCAAUUCCAAAAGCAGCUGAACGAUAGCUUUUCCCAAUUCGUCGAUCAGUUCGCAGCUCUGCGCGAGUCGAUCGGGCCUGCAGCGGAGCCGUCGGACGCGCCGGCCAAGAACGCCGAUCGUCCGGCGCCGCUGGCUAACCAAACCGACGAUCAAGUCGAUAAGACGAUUGCGCAGAUAGUGGCCGAAAUCAACGCGAACAGACCCGCGCCUGGAAGCCCGCAGCAAGACUGGCUGGCUUUUCAGCGGAAAAUGGGCGAUGCUUUCGCCGGCAUGCAGAGUAAGUACGCGAGCUCGUAUCCGAAAAAUAAAAGCAAGAGCAAGCCAAAGUUGAUGAAAGCCGCGGAUACUGGCGCGUUCGACGCGAUGGCUUCCAACGAUGAUUUGAACAAUUCUCUGGCGAGUUUAGUGGAUUUGAUCAAAGCUAAAAAGCCCCCGGUAAACAGCUCCGCCGCUGAUUGGUUGGCUUAUAAAAAAGAGGUGAAAGCUUCCGUUAGUAAAUUGAAAAAGGAUAUAUCUGCCUUCAAGACAAAAGAUAUGGCGGAAAGCGAUAACCAAGAGUUCGCUGCGGAAGAUGCCUCGCUGUUCGAUUGGCUCGGCUGGAAGAAUCAAAUCAACAACACGAUCGACAGACUGCUCGCGGACAUUCAAACUAUACCGCCGGCUGAUCCCAAGUGGGCGAGCUUCCGCGAUUAUUUGAACAGUGCGUUCGGUUCGCUGAAAAAUAAUUUUGCCGGCAUCCACGCGGUGCCGACUCAAGUUAACUUGGUGGCAAUAAUGAAGGAAGACUUGCUCAGUUUUCGAGAUCAAGUGAAUAGCACGAUUGAGGACGCGAUCGAUGAUAUCGAAUCCAAUCAGUCGAUACCCGGCGAUCCCGCGUCGAAGAAGCAGGCGAAGAAGAAUAAGACAAAGAUCAGCGUAAAGAAUAGCUUAGCCGAGAUGCAAGAAAACUUGAAAGCCGUUACAGCGGAGUGGUUAGGUAAAGUGAAAGCCGCCACAGACGUGAUGACAGUUGCUGAUACGCGACUUUCCGCGGCUGUCGGUUCAGCCGCGACGCUUGAUAUGACAUUUAUCAAAUUCAACUUUUGCGCAACCAUUGCUGUAUUCUUUAUGCGGGCAGCAUUUUAAAAAUAUUCCCGCAAC